AUGGGUUUUGGAAUGGCCACAAAUGUUCGUGUUGGCCAGUACCUUGGUGCCGGUUUUGCCGUAGGUCCAAAAUCGGUUCUAUCCGUCGCAUUGAUAAUGGCUUGGUUCCUAACCUCGAUGGUCGCAAUGGGCGUGAUCUUACUGAGAUGGCAAAUACCAAAUGCUUUCACCUCAGACAGUGAAGUUUCCAAAUUGGUCGCUCAUCUGCUUCCCAUCAUCGCCGCCUUCCAAAUUUUUGAUGGAACAUCGGCACGCGAGAGGACGCGAGACGUUCGGUUGGCAAUUAAGGAUGAAACAACGGUAGAUGACUGCAUUUCAUCAAACUCCAUGUCGGAUCCCCAUGAUGAUAAUAUGUGCUCAACCACCGGUCCGUCAAAUCAGCCGACCAAAAAGGAAACACUAUCGAAGAUCGUCAGAAAAUCACCAAUUCCAUUCCGGAUACUAUUUGGAUUCAUCCUGAUUGUCUUGUUAGUGACAAGUGUUUGCCUCCGACAAUUCCUCCCUUGGUCAGACUACUUCGGGUGCUAUUGUGUUUUCCCCAACGACACAUUUAUUCGCUUCUCCAGCCGUAAUUCUGUGCCAACAAACUGUUCCCUAGUCGUCCCAGGAACUUCACCUUGA